CCGAUGAAAUAUAAUGUGUGAAUGUGAGUGACAUCAUGACAAGUGUUAGACAGAGAAAGGGAACAAAAAACACCAAUGUUGUACAAGAUUGUCUAUCACAGGAGAAAAACUGGAAACUUAAUGGGAAGAACAUAGCUGGUGCAAAACUGUGGAAGAAGGUUUCACUUGUUUUCGGUGGAACAGUGGGCCUUUCCUUGGGAAUACUCACAUCUGUUUACGUUGCUACGCUCCAUGAAAAUGAUCUGUGGUUUUCAAACAUCAAGGAAGUAGAACGGGAGAUUUCCUUCAGGACAGAAUGCGGUUUGUACUACUCUUAUUACAAACAGAUGCUGGGGGCUCCAUCUAUUCAACAAGGUAUACACAGCUUGAUCUAUGACAAUAAAACAGAAUCCAUGAGGACAGUUAAUAUACUUGGAAGAAUGAAUGUUUAUCAAGAAGUAUUUCUCAGCAUUCUAUAUACAGUGUUUCACAUGAAAAAAUUUUUAGAACCUGUUUAUUUUUACAUCUACACACUGUUUAGCCUUCAAGCCGUAUAUGUCAUUGCCUUAUAUGCGACUAGCUGGCUUCUUAGUGGAACGUGGCUUUCGGGUGUAUUAGCUGCUGUCUGGUAUAUAGUCAACAGAGUAGAUACGACCCGAGUGGAAUUCACCAUCCCACUAAGAGAAAACUGGGCACUGCCGUUCUUUGCUGUUCAACUCACUGCAAUUACUUUCCUCUUGAGACCACAUUUACAAUCUACUCAUGAAAGGUUGACACUUCUAGCAGUGUUUAUUUCAACCUUCCUCUUAAGUUUGACUUGGCAAUUUAAUCAGUUUAUCCUGUUGAUCCAAGCAAUGGCUUUGUUCACGCUCGACUGUCUUGACAUGAUUCCUGAAGGAAAAAUCAUGUGGAUCUAUAUCAUGCAGGUGGGCAGUCUGCUGAUGGUUUACAUCUUACAGUUCUUUAAUUCCAUGAUAGUUGGAUCAUUGCUUGUAAGCUUCAAUAUGUCGGCCUUGUUAGCAAGAAAACUUCAGAAUAACUUGAAAACUGGAGGCUUGUUUAGCAGAGUUGGGAAACUUCUUUUUCAUGUGCUCUUAGUGCUGUGCUUGACAUUCCUUGUGAAUAAUUUUAUUAAGAAAAUUUUAAAUCUGGAAUCAGAUGAGCAUAUAUUUAAAUUUCUGAAAGCAAAAUUUGGAUUUGGAGCAACAAGAGAUUUUGAUGCUAACCUGUACUUGUGCGAAGAAGCUUUUGGUCUUUUGCCUUUUAAUACUUUCACAAGACUUUCAGAUUCACUAGUUUUUUAUGCCUACUUGUUUGUACUUUUGAUAUUGGCCACAACAGCUGCUGUUGUCUCUUUUCAGAACCUCAGUGGUCGUUCCAGCAUCAAAUCAGUGGAUAAACUACCCACGUCCACAACAGUGUUGAAACCUGCCACUGCUUACCACUUGGUACACACUAUUUCAUUUGGGAUCCUGGCUUUAAGCACAAUGAGGAUGAAGUAUCUUUGGACUUCCCACGUAUGUAUGUUUGCAGCUUCUGGCCUGUGCAGUAGUGACAUCUGGGGACUGGUUUUGAAAUGUGUUCAUCUUCACACACCCAAACGGGUAUCUGUGAUUAGAUAUUUAACACCAAUCCUCAUACUGCUGUAUCUUUGUUAUAAGUUCCUGCCUGGAAUAAUGGCAGAGCUGUCAGAGCUGGGAGAAUUCUAUGAUCCCGACACAGUGGAGCUAAUGAACUGGAUUAAGUCCAACACUCCAAAGAAAGCAGUGAUUGCAGGAAGUAUGCAGCUCUUAGCAGGGGUUAAGCUUUGCACUGGAAGAAUUUUAACCAAUCAUCCCCACUAUGAAGAUAAGAGUCUGAGAGAAAGAACAAAACAGGUUUAUCAAGUGUAUGCCAAAAGAUCACCUGAAGAUGUUCACAGGAUCCUCAGAUCUUUUGGCACUGACUUUGUGAUCUUGGAGGACAGCAUUUGUUACGAAAGAAGGCAUAGCAGAGGUUGCCGGUUGCGUGACCUUCUAGAUAUUGCCAACGGCCAUACAAUGGAUGGUCCUGGGGAGAACGAUCCUGAUCUGAAACCUUCACCUUACCCUCGCUUCUGUGAGGAAAUCAAAAGAAACCUGCCCUCGUAUACAAUGUAUUUUACUAAAGUCUUUCACAACAAAACUUUCCAUGUUUACAAACUGGCUCAACAUAAAAAAAUCACAUAGCUUUGCUAUAACAGUAGUAGAAAAUGCUAGUUUAUAAAAAUGACUCUUUUUUUUUUUUUUAAAGUGAAAUCGUUUUACACUGGUUGAAAGUUUAUUUUUUAAUUACUCUGACAGUUCAAGAGAGUUUGCUUUGAUAACAUUUUCCAUGUCCCAAAAUAUAUGUAAGUUAUCAAAGGCUAGUUGACAGAGGCCUCUGGUAUAUACAGAACACAGACUGUGAAAAGCAAAUAUUUCAUAAAUUCUAUCCCAAUAAUAUCCUGCAGUAUUUUUUUUAAAGAUGGGGAAGGGUCCCUCAUGCCACUCCCUGCUCAUCCACAGCCCAUGCACCAAGGAUCUCUGUGGGCCUUCUCUUUCCAUUUACUCUUUAGGGAAUGGUGUUGCAUGGAGUUUGACAUGCUCCUGUGGGUCUUAUAAGUUGGAAUCCUUUUUCAUGUUUUGUGGCUCCCUGUGCUUAUUAAGGACCAAGAAUAGGGCUGGAUUAUUUAGAGGCGAGCUCUUUGAUUUUGCUGGUAUUUAAGCCAAGUAAGCGUACUUUGCAUCACAGAUUGAAACUUCUUUGCUGAGAUCCUGAAGCUCAGAGCUUUGCUGUGAGAACAUGUAAGAUCAGAGUAAAGAAUACUUCGUUGGUGUCAGUGUGCUGGGACCUAAAUAUCAACUGUGUGGUAACCAAGAGCAACCUGAUCCUUUCAUCUCCCCAUCGGCCCACUUUUCUCCGCGAGGUUCAGUCAGGAGGGCGGUAAGAAUCCAUGUUCCUGUGCUGGAAAAGGAGCUCUCAGUUUUAAAGCUCAAAUCGAGCUGAUGCGAAAGCAUGAAAUGGACAGUGUUGUUGCUUUGACUACUUUUGAACAUGAUUGAUAUGUUACUAGAAACAGUUGAUGCAGAGUCACAAGUGUGAGAUGAGCAGCUAUAUAAAUUUAAUAAAAAAAUAGAAUCUUCAAAUGUGGAAAGUGAUCAGGAGGCACACCAUGAGUGACCCACCUGCACCCUCAAGUGCCACAUAUUUUAAUCUACUUUGUCUUAACAAAUUCCUUAUUCUCCUGAUAUCUUUAGCCAUGUUCACAUUUGCAUUCUUCAUGCAGACUCCCAGCUAAACAUAGAAGGAUGGAGGGACAGGACUGCAGGAUGGAUUCCCACCCUUAGCACGUUGAAAGAGUUUUUGUAGAGGGCAACUCAGUUCUCAACUCUCUCCAUUCCUCAGUCUUCAGUAUCGGCUGUAGACUGAUAUGUUUUCAUGCAAGCUCUAGUCUUGUAGGGGGGGUGUUAUUCAACAAUUGGACUCCCAAUCCAGCAAAGAUUUUCAGGGACACCCAAGUGCUCAUGGUCACUGUCUGAACAGCACCCCUCCCCAUUUUCAGUGUCUGUGGUUCUUCAAACUCUCAUUACUACCAGGGUUUCUCAUAUAGCAUUUCAAUUCUAUUAGUAGCAAUUUGCUUUCUUGUCUUCUGUGUUUAACUGCUGAUUUAUCUGUGUGUAGAAUGUUGUAAUUGAAAUUUGGGAGAGUAAUGUAGAACAGGGUUCCUCAACCUCAGCAACUUUAAGAUGGGUUGACUUCAACUCCCAGAAUUCCACAUUCUGGGAGUUGAAGUCCACCCAUCUUAAAGUUGCUGAGGUUGAGGAACCCUGAUGUAGAAUGAUCUAUAUUUCAAGGGGUUAAAGGAGGUGUUGACAUGAAAAUGCCCCCAAACUGCUUUUACCCAAAACAAUGUUCAGUUUCUGUAUGCUGCCCCCACCUCACUUCAAGUGUGUAAUGUCCUAAGGAGGAUAAAUAAUGCCAUGAAGAAUUCUCUUAAAAAGGCCAGGUAUUUGGUUUUUAAUGGAAAAUGUGAUUUCAUGGUUCCAAAAACUCACCCAUAUGCCACCCUACCUUGUCCAGAAUGCACCCUGUGAAUCAUGUGUCUUAUACUGACACAAGUGGAGUUCAUGUUUUUGCACAUUUUGAAGUUUUAUGAAGACCAUCAACUUCAUGCUGCCUUAUUUUUAAGAAAGUCACUGUGACAAUAAUGUUAUUGCUAAUUUUAACAUUGUAUAUGGAACUGGAGAGGAAAGCUUGCUUGGAUGGAGAACUUCUCCACUUUUUGAGUAGCUGCCCAACAGCUUUGGGCCCAACCUCUCUUAGGAGGUCCUCUUAGCACAAACCCCAUUGAAAAGGAUGGGAGGUAGACAAGGAAAUGAUUUCCUAAUUUGAGCACUGUGUGUCUAAAAGUAAUUCCCAGCAGAAUGCAGCUGGUAUUCAUUUCUGCAACAAAAUGUGAUGGUACUCAAGUGCCUCUGGAAAGCCAUCAAAGUAUCAUUAGGGGUAUACUUGGCUGGUUCAAAUAAUUCACAUAAGAAAAUUGUUACAAUUAAUUUCUAGCUACAAGAAACUUAACAGGGCUUUGACUAGUUUCUCCCAAAUUUAAUUAAAUCAAGAUGGGUAAUGAGAUUAAAGUUCCCCAACUGAGUUGUCUUCCGUUUCCCAAUUAUAGGAACGGUUUCCCCUUCGCAAUUGUCCCUGGGUAUAUUACUACAGGGAUAGAUAUGGUUCUGUCAACUGCACACAAAAUAAUUUCACAUUUAGGCACUUCCCGACAGUUCCCACUGCCAGCAAAAAGAGCAGGGUGCCUUUAAGUCAGACCUGGAUCUGGACUGUGUUUUUGUUUUAAGGGGCAAAAGUCCCUGAACAAUUUCUCUUGCUUCCCUUAAUGAGUUUGGAGCCCCCCUGCCAGUUCAGCAUAAUACAAUAAUAAAACAUUUCAGUUAAGUACUAAAACUUUAAUUAAGCCUGUAGGGAUGUAUGCUUGAUCUUGCCAAGAAUUCAGUCUCUAGAUCGGUCAGUGGGAAAGGUGCAAUUUCAUUUAGGGUGAAUUCCUAUAAAGGCUAACUCAGUGAUGCCUGCAUCUCUCCCAGGCUGCCUACACAGGUACAGGUCAGCUUGGUAGGUUUCACACAACACAUUUAACCCCACUUACUAAUAAAUCCAUUUUCUAGCUUCUCAAGAGAGAAUGUCACUUGGAUCAAUAUACGUUAACUUAGCCAGUGCUUCCAAAAGAGAAGAGGGUGAAACAGAGUCCCGGGGGCUUAAAAGCGAUUCACUUCUGCUUUUUAACAUCAGACACCCUGAAUCACCAUACUUGAUAAUUGCAAAGCAAUUUCAGUGCUUUGCCUGAUGUUUGGAGGACAUCCAUGAACACAAGAAACAGGCUUAUGUUUACAGAUGCUGGGAACAGCACCUCUGCUCCUGGAUAUUUAAAAAAAAAAGUAUUCAUUGGUGUUUCUAUUUAUAUUACUUCUGCAAAUAGCAGCAGCAGACUGUCUAACAGGCAACACUAGCGUAUCACAAAAUGAAGAGAUCCAUUUCAGCUGGUGCAAUAGGAAGCAGCAGGUUAGAAAAAGGCAAGAAUUCAUGUACCAAAAGUCUUUUCAAAGUGUUUGCAGGAGGAGGCAAUGCCAGUUAGGCUCUGAUUCAGGCAAGCAAAGAUGAAGAAGCAUGCAUGGGAACAUCUGCUGAAAAGGAAUGGAGGCCAAACAUAUGGACAUACCACUCAGUGGAAAACCUCACUGUAUUUGGUGGAUGCUGGUAAAUGUUUAUUAUGAUGUCAUCAUCUUCCUAGAAUCAUAUUUACUUUCCCCUUUCCCUAUGGGAUACCUUGAAUGCAUAAUGACAGUUGUUCUUAGCUCCAUAUGCCAACUGACAACCAAGACAAAACUCCCUUAAGCUGUUCUCAACUUCUUCCAUUACACAACAGGGGUAACCCAACGGCUUAUUUAUUACAAGGGUCAAAACAUGCUAGGAAGAAGAGCUGGGAAUGGAAGUUGGAUCCAAGUAUUCUUAGCUUCCUCCUGCAAGAAUAACUCAUUGAAUUGGCGAGAUCAGCUAUCUAACAGGCAUUCCUUAUAACACCCAUCUCAAGAUAAUAUUCAAGAACACAAUUCAGUUCUUCUUUACAGAGCAUUUUUUUUACAAAAGCUUCCAAGGGGAGGGCUACAUUUCCAUAGAUGUUCCUACGGCUUUUAUGAAAAAAGAAAAAUUAAUUGUAGACCAAGGUUUCCUGAAGGUGCCCCCCCCCCCCGCAAAUAUCUAAACAUGCCUGAUCUAAGCCUUCUCUGACCCCAUCCCAGCCCAAUUUUUUUUCCCUCGCAUUCAGAAUUGGGGGAUAAAUCAAGCCACCAAAGAAAGAAACACAAAUAGAUAAAUAUGCAUUAUACAGUACAAGAGUUAUAGGCACUAUAGCUACCCCCCCCCCAAAAAAAAUCUUAAUGGUACUGUUCAAGCUUUUGAGUGAUUUGUGAUCUGGCAGUGAAUGGGACAUGUUGAGCAAGUUUUUCUUUUUUAAAAAAAACAAGUAUAGAUCUUUGGGAAGAGAAUCAAAUCUGAAGCAUGACUUUUAAAAUAUUGCCAUCAUUUGCCCUGUUGAAAUAAGGGGUACCUAACCCAGAAAUAUUAUUAAUUGUAUAAAAAGGAUCAGCAACCAGUUGCAUUGUUGGAAAAGGCACAGAUAGGAUUCAUUUGUAACUAAGCAUCCAAAGACUGAAGGUUUAAUGUGAAUUAUUCCUGUUUCCCCAAAAAAAGGCUGUGUCCUGAUUUAGGAAUGAGGCAUCUCUAUGCGUGGUUCUGCAAUUCAACUUUUCCUAUUUAGUACUAUAUUUACAUUUUUCAGGCCUGCCCAAAUAGUGGCCCACCAGAUGAAAUGUCAUCCAUGGAUCAUGCAUUAUGACUAGAUAUUUGACAAGCUUCUUGCACCAGCAGGUACAGUCCUAGAGGAGCGGACUCUACCACAUGGCUGACAAAUCACCUUUAACUUGGGCAGCGCAUAAAUUAUUGCAAGCCUAGUUUUAGAAUGUAUUACUUAGCUGAAAGUUGUAUUUUGGUCUUCCUGUUGUCUGUUGUCUUGUGUGCUCCUCCCACGACCAAAUACGUCAUAAUGUCAUUUAUUUACUUCUAACACCUCGGUUUAAAAAAAAAAUGCGUAAAUCUGCAAACAACUUGCAGUUUAUCUCUAACUGUAAUUAUGCAGAAGUUAUGUCCCAUAUAUGUCAAGUAAAUUUAUUUCCAAGUAUGCAUGCUAUGUAUUUCUGCUUCGCCUCUUGGUGCAAAAGAAAAGGCUGUCUUAACAUGUAUAUGAGAGUUCGCUGUUCCUCUAUGAUGUAAAGGAAGUUGUAAUUCUGUACAGCUAAAAUGUGGCAAGGAAGCCAACACUGGAAAUUGCAUAUCUGGGGAGCCGAUAAGUUCUUUGCUCCUUCUAGUUUUAAAUGUUUUUCUGAUUAACAAUGCAGGCAUUUUGCCAAGCAAGCAUUUUCUAAAACGCUAUUGUAAAAUGCAUGAUAAAUAUUGUCUUGCCAAUAAAAUCCUU